GUGACAUACGUGCUUUGGCAGUUACGUCACACGUUACUAGCCAAACGCGGCGGUGAUGAGAAAUUUGAAAUUUGCGGGCUAGCGAGCUAGCUGUCUGCUAGCACACUAUGUAUAACAAUCGUGUUUCUUUUUCCUGAAAACCAUGGCGUCGUAUCAUCAUGUAUUGCAACAGACAAACAGGCGGUUUGAAUCUCCUGCCAAGGUGUUUGCUAAGCUUAAGUCCAAAGUAGAGAGAGGGAUAUGCGCGAAGGAGGGGACUUUUACAAGCGACGACCCGUUGUGUAACUUUAACGUUAGUAACGUUACCGAGAAACACGGAGCCGUUUUUAAGUCGCCCAAAAAGGGAACAGAGAGUACCUGGAUGGCCGAACAGCAUAAGGAGAAUCAGAGGUAUGGUUCUUAUCGCAAUCAGGCGCAGGCCUUGACUCUCUCUCCCAUAUCGAGUCCUCAGAAAAACGUCGGGUACUUGUAUUCAGACAUUAGCAGCGAUCAUGUGGAGGAAAUGCCUCCUGGGACCAUAACAGGACAUGGAUGCACACCAAGAAAGAGAGCUUUCCUUGAGUCAACAGCUGUGUCUUACCCCUCCUCUCGGGACAACAGAAAGCAGAUCCACAAAAAACCACCUCAGAUCAGAGACUCGGGUGGUUUUAAGGUGACCAGCAGGACUCCAGUAAAGAUACAGCCAGUAGAACCUGACCAUGCAGGCAGUGAAUUAGAGGAUGGGUGUGCUCCUCUUGACAAACUGUUCUCUCCAGCCUAUAUGUUGUCCCCCACGAGGAAGAGGUUGAAGAGAAAAUGGGAACCUCAGGAGUUUAAUAAAGUCAGCAGCAGUACAAAGGAGGUCAGCAAUGAAUCCAUAAGUCAGCCACAACAAAGGAAAACCUUCAGUGCUGCCAGUGAGGAUAAACACACUUGCAUAGAGAACUUGGCUAAUAUAAGAGGAUUCUCUGCUGACCCGUUAGAGAUGAACCAGUUCACCCAUAAUUCAGUGUUCUCAUCACUAAGACCCAUCGCAAUGAAACGUUGUAAUGUUGCUGUGGAAUACAUUCCUCCAAUGUCUCCAGCCAAGAUGUUUGCUUACAUGAAGGCGAGGGAAAUCAAAACGGAGCAGCAUGAAGUUCCUAAAGUCAGCAGUAGCUCACGAGAUCAUUUUGGGGGUAAUUUCCAUCAGUCCAGAGACACGCCUCCCUUGACAGCUCACAACAUGGGUGAGAUGGGGGGCAUUGCUUUUAGUAGUGGUCCAGAAAGUGUGGUUCCUGUCAAACAGUCCAGUGUACAGCCUGCUAACUGCCAAGCAGACACAGAUCCUCCUGAGGAUGUCCUGAGCCCUGCUCUGUCGCCCAAACCUGUUUUGCUGGAAGACCCGCUUGUACUCAAUACGCCACGGAUCUCCAUACCGAAAAAACAAGAGGCUGUGUUCAAGCGAAAGAAAUGGCCCCAACGCACAAAAUUCCCAAGUGAAAGUGUAAUUUAUCUCAAAAAGUGGUUCUUGAGGAAGAAUAACCAUGGCCUGUUUGUUGAUGGAACCCACCAGGCCGACAACAUACAAUGGCACAGUAACCUCAUUGUGGAAAGGGUUUCCAGUUCUGUGGUGAAGACUGUGUCAGGCGGAGUUUACGUCUUGGUUGGCAAGAUGAACAUGAGGGUUGACUCUGAUUUUCCCAAGUGGCUUUUGAAGAAAUUUGCUAAUGGUUUUCCUCCUGACUGGAAGGCACUUUAUGAGAGGUUUUUGUCAGAGUCAAGAGCCAACCCCAGCAGAGAAACAACGAGGAACAGCGAGGGGAGAAGUAUCCUAUCGAAGACAAAAUCUGAGAUACCCUCCAUCCAUUCUGUGAAGCAGCACAGGCAAAAGUCUUUGGAGACAUGUAAUUCAUGCCCACCUGCCUUGCCUUGUUCAAAAGUAUCCCGAAGUGGUCGCAUGAUCAAGCCACCUCUGGAGUAUUGGAAAGGAGGGAGAGUUAUUCUGGAUGCACACAUGAAUGUUACCAUCCAUGAAUGUUAUGAUACCUCCAUCUGCAUCCCUGUCACUACAACGGUGUCUAUGAGGGCAUCACAGAAACCUGCCAGUGUGUUCCUGCCCUGCAGUGAAGGCCAAUCCCCCAGGGACGUAGAGGCAUCAGUACCACUGAGGAGGGUCAAGGCUCCAGUCCGCAAAUGCAACAGAGCCAAUGUUGAACCUGAAGAGAAGCCAUCCUAUUCACCUGAAGCUCCUGUAGAGACACUUAGCAGCCCUGAAGAGUGGUCUGGCAGACCAACAAGGUCCAGCCAAAGGCGUCUAGCUACAGAGCGAACAUUGUAUGUGGACACUGUCUCUCAAAAGCAAAGUAAACCCUUAAAGUCUUCAACAAGGAGGUCAAAACAACAGACGCAUGACAGCCCUGAAGAGUGGUCUGGCAGACCAACCAGGUCCAGCCGAAGGCCUCCAGCUACAGAGCGAACCUUGUAUGUGGACAAGGUCCCUCAAAAGCAAAGUGAAACUGAAAAGUCUUCAACAAGGAGGUCAAAACAACAGACACAAAACACCACAGGGACUUCACUGAGAGUCUUGGGCAGCAAACGGGCUGUCCAAGCAUCCACAGAUUCUGUUAAUGAUACAGCAUCAUCAUCAUCAGAUGAGCAGGUCAUUGGGAGAAAGAAGACAGGGAAAGAAGCGCACAGGAGGAGAGGCAUGAGAGUUCUUAACAAGUCACGGCCAAGCCACGCGUUUCCAUCAAGUGAUUCAACAAACACCUCUGAAGAGAGUGAAAAUGAAAUGAGGAAGAGAACCAGAGUAACGCAACAAAGAAAUAAACAAAGCAAAUGCACCAAUUCAACAUCACCUACAAAGCCUUUGCCUAAGUUGACACAAUCCAGCAAGAAACCCAAGGCAAACCAAGGCAAUGCACCGAUUCCACAAGAGCAAGAUGCAGACGAGUGGACAGAGGCAGAGCUUAUGAAGCUACAAGAGGCUGUGUCCUAUUAUCCUAAGCACUUGGCAGGUUACUGGGAAAAGGUGGCGAGGGUGGUUGGAACGCGUUCUGCAGAAGAGUGCCACUCCCAGCACACAUCGCUGGGAACCUCCCAGACUCCGGCUAAGAGAGCCAAGAAACCCAAAAAGGAAAAAGUGGAGGCACCAAAAUAUCCAGUUACAGAUCAUCCGGUGAUAUCUGCCCGAGUGGGAACCUUAAAGAGAAAGCAACAGGUGCGUCAGUUUCUGGAUGCCAUGCCCAGAGAAGAUGUUGAGGACGUUUUCAGCUCUGCGGCCAUGCAGAAUAAGCGCUUUGAGAUGCCCUCCAUAUGUCCGAGUGACCACGACUUCACAUUAUCAGACAUGGAGCCACUGACCCCCAUGUCAAAAGUUUUCCCUGAAGUGAAGACUCCUCAGUGUCUGCAUAUCACUCCUGGCAUGAUGGGUUCUCCAAACAGGAACAAUGAUGACAAGUAUGUCUAUCAACUCCAGAAGAGGAUGAAAAAAAAUCAGUUUAAUGUCUGCAAACAGGCUCCUUCUUCAAAGAGCUUCACACCUACGCCAUCAACUAAACGAACAAUGAGAAGAUGUGGUAACACAGAAAAUAACACCUUUGUCGUUUGGGAAAUGUUCCCAGGAAACGAUGGUGCGCUUUCUGAAAGCGAGGAUGAGGAUGAGGAUUUUUACUUCUCAGACAACGACUGAUUGGAGCUCAUGUCUUUUUAAAAAUCAAAAUGUAUUCGCAUGAAUUCAAAUCAAUGACAUAUAGGAGAGAUGGGCCUUUUUUCUUGUUGAACUCAUCAAAUGUGAACAAUAAAACAUCUUUAACAUGUAA